CAACGACCUCCCGCAGCUUCGGUGACACCUGGUAGAAGAAGAAGUACAUCGUCACCUCGCCCCGUCCAACCUGCCACGGCCCUCAUGUCCGCUUCCCCAAGCGCGGCAACUGGAUCUUCCAAUUUCUAACCUCGAAAUAUCCCCUCGUUUGCCCUCCUACCGCCCACCAUGUCCAAAUCAACCAAGUAUCUCCUCAUUUCUCUCCCCUCAUCCAUCACCCCCUCGCACCACCGCGACGAUGCCCUUGACGCCAUCACCACCACCGUCGCUCCAGAGAACGGAUCGGUAGCCCAGUUCCCGAUUCCAGAAUUCAAGAUCGGUACUCUCGAUGCUCUGGUGCAGCAAGCCGACGAACUUGCUAAGCUUGAGACUGCCUGCCAGGGUGUCGUGGGCAAGGUCAGCGAUGCGUUGAAGAAUAUCUUGGACGGAGAUGAGGCGCAGAUUGAGAAAAUGAAGGCCGUGAAUGAUAAACCUGCGGAUCAAUAUCUGCGCACCUUUUCUUGGAACAAAGUCAAGUAUCGUGCCGAUAAGCCGCUGGCAGAGAUAAUCGAUCUUCUCCAGAAGGAGGCAGCUAGCAUCGAUAAUGACGUCCGAUCGAAAUACUCUCAGUACAACCAGGUCAAAAAUACAUUGGCCACUCUCCAACGGAAGCAGACAGGAAACCUAUCCACCAAGUCCCUCGCCUCGGUAGUCGACCCCCGCACCAUUGUUCAAAACUCAGAGUACCUUGAGACACAUCUGGUCGCGGUCCCAGCCCAGCAAGUGAAGGAAUUUCUCAAGACCUAUGAGACUGUCGCACCCAUGGUAGUGCCUCGAUCGGCAAGCCUCGUGGCCUCGGAUGAUGAGUUUACCCUGUACGCCGUCACCGGAUUCAAAAAGCAUAGCGCAGAGUUCGUGCACAAGUGCCGUGAACAAAAGUGGAUCCCCCGCGACUUCAAGUACGUCGAAGGCGGGAGAGAGGAGGAACGUAAAGAGGUCGAGCGGGUCGGGGGCGACGAGCGCAAGCUCUGGGGCGAGACCCUCCGACUGGGACGGACGGCGUGGAGCGAGGCUGUCAUGGUAUGGAUGCACGUGCUUGUCCUGCGAGUGUUUGUGGAGACUGUGCUGCGGUACGGACUUCCGUUGGACUUUGUGUGCACGCUCAUUCGCGCCCCGAGUACAAAACAAGCCGACAAGGCCAAGUAUAACCUGGACGAGAAAUACUCGUACCUGGCCGGGAAUGCGUUCGGACGGGACAAGAAGGGCCGAGUCAAGAAAGAUGACCCGAACGAGAUGCAUGCCGGUGGCGAGGGCAGUGGAGCAGAGUAUACGCCGUACGUGUAUUAUGAAUUCGAGUUCAAUUAAGAUACUGGGGUUGGGUUGUAUUUGUUGAUAUUUAAUUCUACCACUUGGAUGGUUCGUUGAAUACCUGCAUUGAUGUUGGUAGCGUACAUAGCUUUGAACCGGUUUUCUUUCUCCUUUCACUACUUUGAAACCUUUAUGCCAGCAAAUAUAUAGAGUAUAUGAAUUUCGUACGUGUUUAUUGUAUGCACAAACAUAGAUAGG